AUGCUAGUCACGCUCUCACGCACCCUGCUCCCUGGUGCAGCUCCGCCUGCGGUCCUUCGCCGCGGCGGAGUGCGCUGCAAAGCGGACCACUCCGGCAAGCCCGCCGUCGCUGCCGCCUCCGCCGCCGCCGCUGCCGCCAAUCCGGCGCUUGCGCGCCAGGCGCCCGUUUUGGACCUCGUCAGCGCGCCAGAUGUGGUCCAGCGCAAGCGGGCCGAGCUCGCGGGCAUUGCGCCUGGCGGGCUGUCCAAGGCCCUGGUCUAUGCGAGCGCCGCACCCCUGAUCUGGCUGGGCGGCCUGGUGAACAACGCCCCGCUGCUGCUCAAGGGCCAGGGUGCCCCGCCAGCGCGGCUCGCGCCCCCGCCCUUCCCCCUGCACGAGGAGUUUGUGACGGUCAACGGGCUGCGGCUGCACUGCGUGUCGCCGCGGCGCCGCAACCCCGGCAAGCCCCUGAUGCUGUUCCUGCAUGGCUUCCCAGAGCUGUGGUAUUCGUGGCGCUUCCAGAUGGAGGAGUUUGCGGCGGACUACGACGUCGUGGCCGUUGACCAGCGCGGCUACAACGACAGCGACAAGCCCCCCUCGGUCAGCGACUACCGCCUGGCCCAGCUGGCUGCAGACGUGCAGGAGGUGGUCAAGGCGCUGGGCCACGAGAGCUGCACCCUGGUCGCACACGACUGGGGCGGCUUGGUCGCCUGGACGGUGGCGGGGAUGUAUGGGCCAAAGCUGGUGGAGCGGCUGAUUGUGAUGGCGCUGCCUCACAGUGGCGUCGGCAAUACCAAUUGGGACUGGGCUCAGGCGCAGAAAUCAUCCUACAUGCUGCUCUUUCAGGCCCCACUGCUGCCAGAGGCAUUCCUCACGUCUGACGGCGCCGCCUCGAUGGAGACUUUCUUCUCAAAGCAACCCGCGGGGCUGAUCAACAGCGGUGCAAUAACGCAGGAUGAUAUUGCCUGGUACCGGGCCGCUAUCCUCAAGCCGGGUGCUGCCAAGGCUGCGCUCAACUACUAUCGGGCGUUGCUGCGCACCGUGACUUUGGCAGACCAACCAGGAGACCAGGACGUGUGGAGUGCCCUGCGCACGCAGCUGGCCAUGCCGACCCUGCUGCUCCACGGGGAGAAGGACGUGGCCCUGGGGGAGAAGCUGCUGACGGGGGUGGAGGCGGCGUUCGACCCCGCGGGUGGCGGUGUUGAGGUCAAGAUGCUCAAGGACUGCAGCCACUGGGUGCAGCAGGAUUAUCCCCUGCAGGUCAACUCCAUCAUGCGCGACUGGCUGAGGCGGCAGGACGAGAAGAAGGGCGCUCGGCAGUGA